UCGGCACUACCAGCAGACACACAUGCCAGCAACACAUCGUUCGUUGGUGGCAUUCAAUAACAAACGUGUUGUUUUCUCACUUGAAGGAACAGCUGAAAUUGCACCKGAGUCUACCUCGAAUACACAAAAUAGAGGUGAAUUCAUUGGCAUUCAUUCUCCGAUCCAAUUUACGACAAGCAGCAAAACUAGUCAUUCAUUUGCCGAUCCAUUCUCGAACACGAGCAAGGGGCAGCCAUGUCGUACCAUGUACGACUYCCUAAUCGAAGGGCAUUGCGAAAGGAAGACCAGCAUCAGCAUCGUCGAAUGAAAGAGAAUGAAGCAUUAAACCCUGAUUUGCAAUGGACCUUUAUCGGUACAAAGCGUGUCAGCAACUCCGAAUCCAUGGAUGAAGAGGACGACAGUGGCCUUCACGAAAACGGCGAUUAUGUGUCGGUAGUACAAAAGGACGAAGCCGCGUUCAUGUACUUACCAAGAUUGAACGAGCCCCUGGUUACUUAUUCCACUAGAGCUCCCAAUUAUCCCAUCGGAUAUUCGUGCGCGCAUACAUUGGUCCAUUCUAGCAACGGCAUCAAGGGUAUCGAUUCGUCACCACACGAUCCAAUGAACCUGUCUCAUUCAGAGGAUGGCGAAUCAAUGGUUUUGAGUGAGACCUUUGUGCCAAUACCACUGGAGUUCUUCAUCCCAGCUUCGUUAUCAGGAGAUUACGACAAAAUUUAUUCUAACGUCGAAGCCUUGCAAUGGUCAAUCUUAAAUGAGGUUGCAAAAAGGAGCGGCCUGGCGAAAGGUUGCAAGGUGAACGUUCAAUUUGACGAUCGACCGCUGUUAACCGCGUUGACAUCCCUGAACGAGUUGCAUUCAUCGGCGACACCAGAAACUACUCUACGUCACAACAGCGACCAACACACGACGCUGUCCGUCUCAUCCAAUGCUCGAAGUAGCAGUCAGAAUCAAGGUAAAAAUCAAGGCAAUGGCCAAAGGAAUCGUCGGCGUGCUCGAACAAUCGGAACAAAUCGAAGAAUGCUGUCUCGUCUUCCGUACCCAAUGAGUGUAUAUUCUAUUGAGUCGACRCGUCCUCAAUGGACAGGUAAGCAAAAUAGGCAUUCGAAACUUUUUACUGUGUUGGAUUAUGUUUUCCAUCCAGUCCCACUCACAGAUCAUUUUUUUCCACACCACAAAAUAGAGUCUUGUUCCAGCGAAAUGAUCCAUUCCGAUGAAAGUGAAAGUCAAUGCUUCACGGCGGAAAUCACUCUAGAAGUUCGAUUCCGCGGUACCACGGGCGAAAGCAACCUGAUCGAAGAAUACAUCCAGUCUAUUGUCCACAACCAAAUCGCCUUGGACGCAUCGCAACUUUUUGUUGAAGAUAUUUUUGGGCUGRAAUGGAGUUCUGUCCAGGAAGCAUCUUCCCUAACCCAACCCCCAUCUAAUAGCAGUCAGGAAUCCAAUGGUCCCAUCUCUUUUGGACCCGAGAACGUYGAAGACAGCAGCGACUCUAUUGGAACGACAGCAAAAGACAAAUCUAACUCGCUUUUCGCCAGUAUUAUCAUUCCUAUCGCAACAGCUUGCAUCGUGUUUGUGGUUUGGUAUUGUACCCGCAGAUAUUACAAUCGUGAUCGAAAAAGAGCUCGAGGCGCACGUGACCACCAAGAAAAAAGCCAAGCGGUCGUGCGAGGCAUGAAGCAGUCAACAGAUAUUGAAAUCGGGAUCGUAAGAACCGAAACUWCGCAAUCAAGUCAUGAUCAGCUCUCCAAAAGUAGUAGUAACAGCAAUGGUAAUCCUGAGGAUGUAAUCUCCRCAACAGCCUCAUCGGACACGAUAUCAUCGUCUUCUUCGUCGACAUCAUUGAAAAGUAUUUCUGCAACUUCGGAUUUCUCAGAUCGAUCCAUCACUGGUUUACCUCCGCGUCCAAACGUGGUGAAACGAGAAGKUUCSAAGCAACUCAAAAAACCAAGGAAAAAGAAGAAAAGGAGAAAGAAAAAAGUCAUGUCUUUGCAACGCAUCAAUAGUAGAGACAACAUUUCAGAGAUGCCAAUGAUUUCCGAAAGCGAAUCCGAGUGCGACUCCGAAUCAGGUGGCGAAGACGAAGAUUAUUCCCAGGACGACGAUGGCAGUUCUUACGAUGCUUCUGGCGGGUGCUUGACUCCAUCUCGACGAUCUCGGACUAGUAGCAGGGCUAGCAGUGCAAGUAGUGUAAGCAGCCCCCCUAAAUCUCCACGGGAUGAUUUUUUCCAACCUGAGUCUGCUACUGGUGACCAAUCGAGUUAUGAAUUUGUCAUGGAAGCACCGGAAUUUUCGRAGGAUCUUUUUGCGGGUCUCAAAACAAAAAAWAUGUUCAAUAUUAACGCCAAUAAUUCAAACCCUCACACAUCGAUUGAAACACCGCAGUCAAAGAUGACCGUUCCAGAGACUGACAAGAUGGAUAAACACAAUCAGCAAACAAACAUACUUGACAGUGYCUCCAUYGGCGACGAUAUCGACAAUGACAAUUUUGAGAUUGAAACUGGAGCAGAAUUGGACACCUCCUUCACAAAUGAGCACGGAUCUGUCAUGGAACGCAUGAUGCCCCUUCCAUGGCUUACCGGCAGUGGUAGAAACCAAAGGAUGAAGUGAGGACACAGAGACYAAUGCAUCCAAAAUUUAAUCGUACGCAUAGGCACAUUCCAGUGGAUCGAUCCAAGCACGAUAGUCAGUGCAUUGGCAGUAUUCGAGCCAAAUUUGAUAUUUACACAGACUCAGGCACGUCGCUAAAGCAGCUAGUACCAAGCUGACCAGCGAGGUAGGUGAGCAAUUCAAUCCAAACAAUAAAUUUGUUUUCAAUUU